CCAGCGUCCACUUGAUCAAAAAACACAGAGCUCGUUUUGAGAAGGCAAACAACAUCCAGCGUUACUUUUUCAACUUCCAAACCAAGAGGAAUUAAAAGAAUGGGGUCCGCCGGGGUUCAGAUGGGCUGCGUGGCUCUCGGAGUGCUCGGCCUGAUCGGAGCAAUCGUCUGCUGCGCCGUCCCACGAUGGAGGGUGUCCUCAUUUGUGGGCUCCAACAUUGUGACUGCACAGAGCGCUCAGGAGGGCCUGUGGAUGAACUGUGUGGUGCAGAGCACUGGCCAGCAGCAGUGCAAGAACUACGACUCCCUGCUGGUGCUGUCCGCGGACCUGCAGGCCGCCCGUGCCAUGCUCAUCAUCAGCUGCAUGCUCAGCUCCCUCAGCCUCCUCAUCCUCUUCUGCGGUGCCGACUUCACCACCUGCGUGGAGAGCGAGGACGCCAAGGCCAAGAUCAGCCUGGUGGCCGGGGUGGGCCUGCUGCUGGCCGGCCUCCUCGUCAUCAUCCCCGUCAGCUGGUCCGCCCACAACGUCGUCCGUGACUUCAACAACCCGCUGGUGGCACCAGCGCAGAAGAGAGAGCUGGGAGCGUGUAUCUUUGUGGGCUGGGGGGCCGGCGCGGUGCUCAUACUGGCUGGAGGCCUGCUCUGCUGUUUCAGCAGGCCCAAGUCUGGAGGCUCAGGGGGAAAUGCCAAGUACUACAGCAACAGCUCCGCCCCUGGCAAAAACUACGUGUAGAGGGGACUGGGGAAGGGGACUGGCCGUUGAAAGAAAUGAGUGUCACACUGCAAAAAAUCUCCAUCUUAACCAGUUGCUUAGUCUCAUAUUCGGCCUUAAAAUGAAUCUUGUUUGUCUUAAAAUACAGGGGGGAAAAAAUCAGCCAGUGGGAUAAAAUAGUCACACUUGUUUCCAAUGCUUAAAGUUUCUUGAAUCUUGAAAAGUGUCAUUUUCUUGAUACUAGCGGGGUUGAUUUGCUUUAUUCUCCUUGUUUUACAUAUUUAUUCUUGUGCCCAUAAAACUUCCUGUAACAAGUGAGGCUGCACUGAAAACAAGUGGGAUUAUCUCAUCCCACUGGCAGAUUUUCUUUCACUUGUUCUAAGAAAAACAAGAUUUUUUUUUUCUGAGUGUACGUCAGACUAAAUGACAUGUUGAAAUGGUUAUUUUUUUGCAGUUCAAGGACAACCGGAGGGAUCUUAGUCGGUGGAAGAAGGCUCAGGUGGAAACAGAAAAUCUCAUUGUAAAUAAUAAAUGGUGAUAAGAAAAAGCUUUUUUUU